GGUGCGGUCGCCGGAAGUGCGUGGCCGCCGGGGGCCAUGGCGGUGCUCGGCAUCGUCUGCUUGGUUCUCUGGGCAGCAACCUGGCCGCCGACCUCGGCCUCGGGCGAGGAGUUCUGGCCCGGCCAGUCGGCGGCCGACAUCCUGUCCGGAGCGGCGUCCCGCAGACGGUAUCUUCUGUAUGAUGUCAACCCCCCUGAAGGCUUCAACCUCCGCAGGGAUGUCUACAUCCGCAUCGCCUCUCUCCUGAAGACUCUGCUGAAGACUGAGGAGUGGGUGCUUGUGCUGCCCCCAUGGGGCCGCCUCUACCACUGGCAGAGCCCUGAUAUCCAUCAGGUCCGGAUUCCUUGGUCCGAGUUUUUUGAUCUUCCAAGUCUCAAUAAAAACAUCCCCGUCAUUGAGUAUGAGCAGUUCAUAGCAGAAUCUGGUGGGCCAUUUAUCGACCAGGUGUACAUCUUACAAGGCUAUGCAGAAGGGUGGAAGGAAGGAACCUGGGAGGAGAAGGUUGACGAGCGACCAUGCAUUGAUCAGCCGCUGUACUCCCAGGACAAGCAUGAGUACUACAGAGGAUGGUUUUGGGGUUAUGAAGAGACCAGGGGCUUGAACGUUUCCUGUCUGUCUGUCCAAGGCUCGGCCUCCAUCAUGGCACCUGUACUUCUGAAGAGCACUUCUGCUCGGUCUGUGAUGUUAGACAGAGCCGAGAACCUACUUCAUGACCACUAUGGAGGAAAGGAAUAUUGGGAUACCCGUCGGAGCAUGGUGUUUGCCAGACACCUGCGGGUGGUCGGGGAUGAAUUUCGCAGCAGGUACCUGAACUCCACGGAUGGCGUGGAUGGAAUCCCCUUCCAGGAGGACUGGACCAAAAUGAAGGUCAAGCUGGGCUCUGCGUUGGGGGGCCCAUACCUUGGUGUCCACCUGAGAAGAAAAGACUUCAUCUGGGGACAUAGGGAAGAUGUGCCCAGCCUGGAAGGGGCUGUGAGGAAGAUCCACAGCCUCAUGAAGACCUACCAGCUGGACAAGGUGUUUGUGGCCACAGAUGCCAUCAGAAAGGAAUAUGAGGAGCUAAAAAAGCUUUUGCCGGAGAUGGUAAGAUUUGAACCCACAUGGGAGGAGCUGGAGCUCUACAAGGAUGGAGGUGUAGCCAUCAUUGACCAGUGGAUCUGCGCCCACGCCAGGUUUUUUAUCGGCACCUCGGUCUCAACAUUUUCAUUUCGGAUUCAUGAGGAGAGAGAGAUCCUGGGAUUGGACCCCAGGACAACGUACAACAGGUUCUGUGGAGACCAGGAGAAGGCCUGUGAGCAGCCUACCCACUGGAAGAUCGCCUACUGA